AUGGCGGCGCCGCAGCCCGCUGCGCUCUGCCUCUUCGACGUGGACGGCACCCUCACCGCCCCGCGCCAGAAAAUCACAGCAGAGAUGGCCGCGUUUCUGCAGCGGUUGCGUCAGAAGGUGAAAGUCGGAGUCGUGGGCGGUUCCGAUUUCGGAAAGAUCACGGAGCAGCUUGGCGAUGACGUGGUUGAAAAAUUUGACUACGUUUUUCCAGAAAACGGUCUUGUAGCAUACAAAGAUGGGAAAUUCUUGAGCAAGCAGAACAUUCAGGGUCACCUGGGCGAGGACAUACUUCAAGAUCUAAUCAACUACUGCCUGAGUUACAUUGCGAAGAUUAAACUGCCAAAGAAAAGGGGCACUUUUAUUGAGUUCCGAAACGGGAUGUUAAAUGUGUCCCCCAUUGGAAGAAGCUGCAGCCAGGAAGAACGAGUUGAGUUCUAUGAACUUGAUAAAAAGGAACAUAUAAGAGAGAAAUUUGUAGCUGAUUUACGAAGAGAAUUUGCAGGAAAAGGCCUCACAUUUUCUAUAGGAGGCCAGAUAAGCUUCGAUGUGUUCCCAGAUGGCUGGGAUAAGAGGUACUGCUUAGGAAUCAUUGCUGACGAUGGAUACAAGACUAUUUAUUUCUUUGGAGAUAAGACUAUGCCAGGAGGGAAUGACUAUGAAAUUUUCACAGACUCCAGAACAGAAGGCCACAGUGUCACAUCCCCAGAGGAUACAAGAAGAAUCUGUGAAGAGCUAUUUUUUAAAUAAAAGACUUCUAGAAUUCACACUUACAGAACGGUUAAGACAGCUUAGUAACUCAAAACAUCUUCCUUCAUUCUGUAUUGUUUUUGUAAUUGGUCAGUCAUUACAGAAGGGAAGCUGCUAUUUAAAAGACGAACAUUUUUGAGUGUUUUUUUAAAUACUACCUUAUGCUAUAAAGAUAUGAAUUAUAAGACAGUUGGGAUUUUCUUGUUUAAAACUGGAAGAUGCGUAAAAAAACAGGUUUUAUUUCUUUCUGGGGGUGGAGAGGUAGAACUGAGCCAGAAGUCCCUGAUCUCAGGGUCAGAAGGUGCAUCGAGUCUACCACCACUGGAAAGGCUGGACCAGCUGGUGCUAAAGUUACCUCCUCGGUACAGUUGCUUUGCCAAUGCAUGGUACCUACACUUUUUGCAGACUGUUUUUAAAUCUAAAAAAUAAAGAAAUUAUUAAAAUUAAUUAAAACAACUUGAGCAUCGUAGCAAAAUUACAUUUCUGAUUUUCCUGUUAAGACAUUAAGGGUAGAUGAGAUUUUAGUACUAAGAAAAAUGUUGCUAUUAAAAUUCAAGCUGAAGCAUGACAAUCAGCGUAACUACUAAUAUUGCUUCUCUCAUCUGGCGUUAGGAAAGUAAUCUUGUAUAUGAACGGUUUAAUUUACUAAAAGGAGAACCAAAUCUCAUUUUAUCAUGAAAAAUUACUAUUUCAAUUUGUCAUUUUGGCAAAUAAAAUAUGUAAAGCAGA